UUAUUAUGUGUUAUAGUUUAUAUUUUCUAAAUACGUAUCUAGAUAUUGAUAGUUAUUGUUAUUGUAUUUGAAUUACAUAAUGUUGUAAGCUAUGUUCUUGCCAAAAAUCUUUUAAGAGAAAACAAAGUUUUAUAUAGUUUAUAACAAGAUCAUAAAUAUUUAGAUUAAUAUAAAAUAGUUUGUGUGCUAUAGUCAUGUUUCGUCGGUUUUAUCACUGUUCUUGCGUCCUAAAUAACAACAAAAGACAAGGAGUCAAACUUUGUAAACUGCUCAAUCCAAAGAGUAAAAAGCAAUGGUAUCCUACGAAUAAUGUCGAAGACGCUGGUUUGCCUAGUAUAAAAAGCUUAACGAAAGUAAAAUAUGAACCAGGAAAGCGUGGUAUCCGAAGAGUUGCCAUGCUCAAUAAGCUCUUUAUGAAGAGUAUCACUGAUCUUAUGUCUACUGGGACUGUAUCAAUGAAUGUGGUCGGCCAUGGGAUAGAAAUAUCUAAGGUAAAAAUCACACCAGAUUUUAAGACAAUCAAUGUGUCCUGGGUCUGCAAGGGAAAUUCGUCUGAUGAAGAGACUGAAAGUCUUCUUAAUUCAAUAGCGGGGCCACUAAGACAUGAAUUGUCAACAUUGAGGCUUAUGGGAGAAGUGCCUUAUAUUGUUUUUGUUAAAGACAAACAAGAAGCAAAAUUAGUGGAUCUCGAUCGGCGCUUGUCAAUGGCUGAUUAUGGUGAAGAAUAUACACCUACAGAAAUAGGACAUUUAUUGAAGACAGAUUUUACUUUACACACACAACUGUCACCGGAAAUGAAGGCAAAAAUAAAGCAACUAGAAGAAGAACAACCAAUAAUAGAGGAGCCAAUACCAGAAAUGACUCACAAUGUGUUCGGUUUAGACCAUGCUAAAAUUAUGAACAGAUUGAUGGCUGCAAGGAAAAAAACGAAAGAUGCCUGGACUAGUCUUCAAGAUGAAUCUCCUGUGAUAAGUUAUAGAACAAUGAACACAAUAAAUUCGAGCGAAGCAGUCGAUAUUGGGAAACAAAAGAAAGAUCUUGCAGAGUUCCUAUUAAAGCGACAGAUUUUACAAAAGAAGAUAGAAAAACGAAUGCGAGAGGAGCGCGAUGCUGUAAAUGUAACGAGCGCUGAAAAUGAAAUUAAUGAUGAACAACCGUAUGAAGAAGAUUACGAAGAAGAUGAUCCUUUCUCGUACGAUGAGAAAUACGAUACGCAAAAUAAGAUUUAAUUUUAGUAUAAAUUACGUAACAAGCUUUUGUAAAAAAGAUAUAGAUGUAUAUAAAUAGUUUAAUAUAAAAAUAAAACAUGAUUGCUUUUA